GAUACUGCUGGAGCCAUCAUCCACAUUUCAGUCUGAAAUUCUAGGAUGAAAGGCCAAGUGCAAACAGAACUACCUUACAAGUUGUCAAGGAUUUCAAAACCUAUGUGGAUCAAGCUUGUAGAGCAGCAGAUGAAUUUGUGAACAUUUAUUAUGAGACAAUGGAUAAAAGAAGAAGGGCUUUAACAAGACUUUAUCUGGACAAAGCAACACUAGUUUGGAACGGGAAUGCAGUGUCUGGGCAAGAGGAGCUGAACAAAUUUUUUGAAAUGUUGCCGUCUAGUGAGUUCCAGGUGAAUGUGUUGGACUGCCAGCCCGUUCACGAGCAAGCUACGCAAGGCCAGACGACAGUGCUCGUGGUGACAAGUGGGACAGUAAAAUUUGAUGGUGACAAGCUGCGCAGCUUCAACCAGAACUUCUUGCUGACAGCACAGGCCACACCCACCAACACAGUGUGGAAGAUUGCCAGUGACUGUUUCCGCUUUCAGGACUGGGCCAGUUAGUGAGGAUUGGCUGUGGGAAGUGACCUCUCUCCCUCCACAGAUUGAAGUUAGCCCUAUGGACAGCUGUUCUCCACGGAUGGGACGUGCUCACUCUUCCUGCCACUUCUGUCAUGGAAGGUCUAUAGAGGUUUCAGGGUUGAUCCCAGUGACCAAGGGUUUAGUAGUAAACAAUCUUCAAAUGUGAGAGGUUGCUUGUCUUAGUUGAAAGUAAUGAAAUGCUGAGGGCAGUGAGCUGUGUUGGAAUCAUUCCUAAAAUGCCUUACAUGCAGCUAUGCUGCCACUUCCAGACUUCUUGUAUGGAAUGCUGAAACUCUCCUAUUUGAACACAAAAUCCUCUUAAUCUAAAAUUCUGACCAAAAAAGUGAUUCCUUUUCAACUUGAAAAGAUCUGGUUUUACAGUAGUGUCUUCCUUCUUUCAGGAAGAUGCUUGUGGCAUGCAGAGAGAAUUCUCAAAGCUGCCUACUCUUCAUUGUAAGAGGCUAGGAAAGAUUGAUAACAAUUUCUACUGUUUGCAAAAGUAGCAAAUACAGCUCCUGAGUGUGUCAUCUCUCAAAUACAGAGUUAGUCCGUUCUCUGAUGUGAAAGGACUAAAUAAUCUCAUCAGGCUUCCUUUUGGCUUAAGCUUCUCAGGCUUUGGUUAUAGUUAAUUUACAUUGAUUUAUAUGUAGGGCAUGCUGAAUGAUUCAGAGCUCCCAUGCCAACAACUAUUGUCACUUGCAUGUGAAGGACUUCAAAUUGAUUAUUUUUCUUUUGAAGUCUUACCAUGCAAGAAAUAGGUCAGUUACACCAUUUCUGUUUGCUUUAACUGUUGAUUCUGUUGCUAUGAAGUCUGGACAAUUUUUCUCAUAUUCAGUCUGCAAGUUCUGAAUCCCUACUGUCUUUCCAGGAAACGUUGUAAAAAAAGUGGCACUGAAAGUGUGUAUUACUGUGAAGCCUUCAAUUUUUCUCGUUAGUACUGUUAUUCAGAACAGGUGCUUUGAUGAUUUUCAACUCAAAACCUGAAUACCAUCUUCCUCUCAUGCAGAUUUUUGCUGUAGUUUUCAUGUUAUUUUUAAAUAUUACCUUUAAUUAUUGCUUUGGGGGGAGCAGGGUGUCUUGCUUGUAGUUUAAGGCUUUCAUCUGCUUUAAAAUAGUUUUCAAGACUGCAGGUUAAGAUACUUCAUCUUAACUUGGGAACUUAAAUCUAAGUAUCAGCAGCAGAUUUGCUUCAAACUGGUACAUUUCCAUUUUAAGCUGACUUUAAAAAAAUACCUGAAUUUAAGAAAUGUAACAAAAUUUUAGUUAAUUUAGUUAAAUAUGUGACUACAUUUGCUUGUAGCUGUAAACACAUGAGGGGAUCUUGUAACUCUGAUCUUACUACCUGUUGCAAUGACAGCAGCAACCUGGAUACAAAAGCAGUUAUGGCUGCAGUUUGCUCGUUCUUUGACUUAAAUUGGGAAAAACUGUGAAAAUGAGCAAUAUCUGACUUGUGUAAAACCCCUUCAAACAUCUGUACAAUCCCACAAACAACGGGAUGCUUAGGUGAAAGGGGUAGCUUUAUUUCCAUUUAAGGCACUCUAGGCUUUAUUUAAACCAAUAAACCCGUCCCUCUUCAGAAGCUGUUCUGAACUAUUGUGUAACUACUUUUCAGCCAGAAGAAUUUGAAUUCCUGCAAAACAGUGUGAGAAGUCCAGAGUUUCUGAAAACUGUAAAUAGUGUAAAUACAUCUUUAUUUCUGUAUGUAGUGGAGAAAGGAGCGCUCUAUUUAAUUACUGUUUGUUCCUGACAGAAUAUGCGGGGUUCAUAUAUUUGUAUUUCUUCUGCAAGUUUGGAAAGAAAGCUUAACCCUCAAUUUGCCUGUUACUGAUACAGCAUUGCUGAACUGUGAGCCAGCGUGGUGUGCUUUUCUGGGGUUUAAUUUGCUGGUGAUUGUAUGAGUAGUGUUACAGAUCUGCUUUGUGUACAUAAGAGGUAUUGUCCUUUGAAAUGUAGUGAUGGGUGUUAACUGUAGCGUUUGCAUGUUGAACUUUGAAGGCAGUCACCAGAACACACACUUGUAUCUGUGCCUGAUAAGCUUGUCCUGGGAAUAAGAACUUACUGGAUAUUUUUAUUUAAGUUUUAAUUUGUAUAGUAGUUUUUAAGCUCUUUCUAGGGAGACUGGGUGGGAGAUCUGAAGUAC